AUGGGUUCACUCAAAUCGUUUGUGAAAGCAGUCCGCAAAGCGAAAACCAUUGCAGACGAGCGCACGGUGGUCCGCAAAGAGGCUGCGGCGAUCCGAACAUCGUUCCGUGAUCCGAAUCUCGACCAGGCCACGCGGCGCGUCAACGUGUCCAAGUUGUUGUAUCUCUACAUUUUGGGAGAGAAAACGCAUUUCGGCCAGGUGGAAUGUCUCAAGUUGUUGGCGCUGGCGCGCUUUGCCGACAAGCGGUUGGGCUACUUGGCCACCAUGCUUCUCUUGGACGAGAACCAGGAGGUUUUGACGCUUUUGACCAAUUCCUUGGACAACGACAUGCAGCACCCCAACACGUUUAUUGUCGGGCUUGCGUUGAGCUGCUUGGGUAGCGUGGCGUCCCCCGAGUUGGCCCGCGACUUGUAUGCCAACGUGGACCGUAUCUUGGGCUCGUCCAGCCCAUACUUGAAGAAAAAAGCCUGUCUUGUGGCGGCUAAGUUGGUGGACAAAGAGCCGGACUUGGGCGAGGUGUUUGCCGCGCGUGUGCUGGCGCUUAUUCUGGACAAAACACCGCUGGUUUUGUUGGGCACAUGCCGCUUGGUCCAGGCUAUCCACAGCCAAUGCCCCGACUUGCGAGAAGCCAUGGUCAAGACGGUUCCACGGUGGAUUGCGCACCUCCGCCGCGUGCUUGCAAGCGGAUACAUGCCCGAGUAUGAUGUGGGAGGAGUCACAGACCCGUUCUUGCAGGUAGCACUUCUCCAGACAUUGCGGGCGUUGGUUUCUGACGAAAACUGUCCAGCACAGCUCGUGGAGGAAACCAACGACGUCUUGGCUGCCGUGGCGCUGGGUUUAGAUGGCGGCAAGAACGCAGCACAUGCCGUGUUGUAUGAGUGUGUCAAGACCAUCUUUCUGAUCCGCCUGGAUCCGGCUUUGAAGGUGUUGGGUGUCAACCUUUUGGGCAAGUUUUUGCAGGCCAAGGACAACAACACACGCUACGUGGCGCUCGAGCUGUUGUUGACAGUGAUGGACUUUGAGCCGCAGGCCGUGCAGCGCCAUCGUGCCACCAUUGUUUCUUGUUUGCACGAUGGCGAUGUAUCAAUGCGCCGUCGUGCAUUGGAGUUGGUUUUCGCUAUCCUCAACGAACAGAACAUCCGGGUGUUGAUGCGUGAGGUUUUGGCAUUUUUAGAACACUGCCCUGACCCAGACUUGCGGCCAUACGUGGCGUCACAGUUGGCAAUUGCUGUGUUCCGCUACGCCCCCAACGACAAGUGGCAGUUUGACACCCUUGUGCGCAUGCUCCGUGUCGGAGGCUCGUCCGUGGCACCAGACAUUGUGGCUUCAAUCUUGGCACUUGUGAUGCGCUGUACUGAUGCAGAAUUGCGCCGCCAUGUGGUUAGCCGUUUACUUCUGGCCACGCUUACAGAUCCGUCGCAGUAUGCGUUGGCUUUGGUGGUGGUUUGGCUGCUUGGUGAGUACGCCGACGCUGUUGUGGGAACAAGCGUUGAAGUAUCGGGCAAGGAGCAGGCCGUGACUGAAGAAACUAUAGUGGACGUGCUUGAUCGUUUCGCCAACAGUUCAAGCUUCUCCGCAACAGAGACUGUUCAAUUGGUGAUGUACAUUUUGACUGCAGCCAUCAAGUUGUCAGUUAAAUUCAAUGGUGCCAAGACGCUUGAGCUGUUGCGUUUGCUUAUCUCAUCCCGCACAACCGAUCAGAACCUCGAGAUCCAGACCCGUGCUGUCGAGUACCAGCAGAUAUUUGGUGUUGACGAGAAGUUACGCCGCGGGUUGUUAGCACGUAUGCCACCUCCACCUGAAAAAGAACGUGAAGCACUCAGUUUGCAAAAUGAACCCAAACCAAAAGUGAAACCUGCUGCGGCCGCCAGCGCCGAUGACUUGCUUAAUCUUCUUGAUCUGAAUGAUACUCCUCUGCAGAACAACCAGCCCAACCUGACUGGCCAGACCACAGACCUUUUGUCGGACAUUUUUGGCUCCACGGACAAGAAGGUCACACCAGCCAAGAACGAUGUCGUGGACGAUCUUUUGGGUCUUUCCCUAGACAGUCCACUGUCUCGUUCCAAUGUUGGAGCCGGAGGCUCAGCUGCCGCUGCAUUCAGCGGUUCCAGCGGACAAGCAGCUCUGGGUGCAUCUGAAAUCGAAGCGUUUGCCAAUGGCCACUUGCGCAUCACGUUUGCGCCAGCAUCGUUUUCGCCCGGUGAAGCCGUACUCGAAUCCCGCAUCACAUCCAUGGCGCCACAAAGCCGCAUUGAACAUGUUCAAUUGCUCAUUGCUGUGCCCAAGACGCAAAAGCUCGCCAUGUCCACAGUAGCCGGAACUGACUCACUCACUAACGGCAGCGAGAUUAGGCAAGUGUUGCGCAUCUCAGGAAAGAGCGGAACACGUAUCAAGUUGAGGGUCAAGGUCAAAUACACUAUUGACGGUUCUGCCAAUGAGACACAGUUUGACUUUGCUCAAAUUGAGCAUUCAUUGUGA